AUGCUGCGAGCUAGGAACGAUCCCGCGACUGUUCUGGGCGAUAGAGAGGUCUGGAGCGAGGAACCUGGGUCACAGGAACCGCGACCUGAGGAGGAGGGACUGGAUGACGUUUUCGAUGCGCUGAGGACAAGUAGAUCGGAGGUGGGGGAGGACGAGGAUCAAUUUGACGAGGGCACACCGCUGGAGGAGGAAGGGAUCGCCCUGAGAUCGUCUAGUUCUCUCGGAUGCAAGACGAUAUCGUUCAGAGGAUCUGUCGUCCUGACUGUCAACAACAUCUCUGGUGCCGGGAUGCUGACUUUGCCCCAAGUCUUUCAGCAGUCGGGAUGGGUUCUUCCGAUCUUGACCUUUGGUCUCAUCUGUGUUGCAUCCUCUCUCGCUGCAACCUUCCUCACCGACUCCAUUGCGCGGAUUCCGGGCAAUAGUCGUUUUGAUCGGAGAAUCGAGUUCGCUUGCGUGUUUGAGGAGUUCUUUGGAAAACGCAUGAAGCGAACGGCUCAGAUCAUGCUGAUCAUAUGCCUCUUCUCACAGAUCUUGUCUGGGAUCAUUGCAACUUCACAAGUCGUCGACAGUCUUGUCGUGUUUGUCAACCCGACCAGGUCGACUUACGCGCUUCAGGUCUUGCCUGAGUUCAAGAUACUCAAGUGGACGGCUCCUGAUCAGCCGCAAGCCGAAUUGUCAAAUUUUGCGGGAUCGGGAUCGACUCCUCCUCCCGUCAUCCCAGUCUGCACAGGGAGCGACGCUGUUCCUUUUCAGCAGGGAGACUCAGGGCUCGUGAUCACGCUGGGAUAUCUCCUCCUGUUCAUCUUCCUCACCCCUUUCAGUUAUCGCACUCUCGAUGAGAGUAUUGGAUCCCAAAAGUUUGCUUUCGUGCUCUUGAUCGCGUUUACCAUCACAUUCAUCACUCAGUUUCUCUCGGAGGGGUUGGUGUUGCGGAGAGUGCCGGCGUUCGGCGACAGCUACAGAUUCAUCGUGAUGGUUCCGUCAUGGUUAAAUGAGAAGCGGCGCGAUGUGUCUGUCAACAAGACUAUUUGGACCUCUACCGCACUUUCCACUGUCUUGUACAUCAUCGUUGGCUUGCUCGGUGGUUUGGCUUAUGACCAGAUCCAAGGGAACUUCUUGAACUCUCUUGCAUCUCACUGCAACCCCGCAUGGGUUAGGCUGUCGUCGUUCAUGUUCGCAAUCAUCUGCGUUGGACUGAGUGUACCCAUCUACUGCAUCAUGACCCGGUACAGUCUUCUCGUCGGAGAGAUCUGUGGCGAAGGCUGGGCUUUCUUCUGGACCGUCUUCUUUCCCUGGCUGUUUGCCUGGAUGUUCUACAACGGAGGAGCUUUCAACAACAUCGUCUCUUGGAGCGGACUACUCAACAACGGCCCGAUCAACUUCGUCCUGCCCCUCCUAGUAUCCCUCAAGGCCUUCGACUUCUCCAUGCAGGAGAUCGCCUCGAGGACGCCGAGCUCCAGGAAGGACGACACGUCGGUGGACACCAACUCCGAGUCAUUCUCAUGGAGAUCCCCCUCCCAUUACUUGGAGAGCAGAACAAUCGUCAAGCCACUGCCCAAGUGCAUGCAGGUCCCUCCGUACCUUGCUGUCCUCAACUUGCCCUCCUCUUCUCACCUCUGA